GGCUUGACUGCAGUGCCAAGACGGUAGACAGGAAGACGGUGUUUUCACUCGCCCCUUACAUCACUGGACGUCACGGAAGCUACAUCGUGUUUAUUUAUUUAUUCUUCCCCUUUACAGGCACUGAGGACCUAAUGAUGCCAUCAUCACCGCAGUGGAAAGCACAUGGAGCCUGAUCAUGGGACACAGAAAAAAGGCACUUUGUGUGGAAAACUCUCCAAAUAUGCUGUCAUCUUCCUCAUUCUGGCUGUGUUUGGACUCAUAUUCCUGCUGCGUAACGUCAACACUGCAGAGAACUGGAACUGCCACACUGUUUCAGCCCUCGACCAGCAUCAGAGCAGGAUCCAAUCCAAACUGCCUACUUUUCACAACCAUACCUUCUGUGCCCAUCUGGGCCAGAAACCCUCCCCUGAAGAUGAACUGGAAGAGCGCUACCUGUUGGACUCUAUUGCUUGGCCAGGGCCUCCGCCUCGCUCUUCACCAGUCGCCUUGAACCAGACGAGUGACCCUGUGCACAGCCUGUUCACCCUCCCCAUUAAGGAGGGAAGGGAGUGGCAUGUGGGCGACCAGCUGGAGGCCCUCGUCCAAAUGCACGACUUCCAGGGUCGUCCCAAGAUCUACGGUGGGGAUUUCCUCUUGGCCAGACUGCACUCCCCUGAGCUUGGAGCAGGUGUAGCAGGCAAGGUGCUGGACCACAGGAAUGGAUCUUAUUCUGCUCUGUUCCCGCUGCUCUGGGUGGGAUCAGCACAGGUGGAGGUUACACUAGUGCACUCAAGUGAGGCUGUUGCUGUUCUGCGACGGCUGAGGGAGGAACAACCCCAGAGAGUGUUUUACAAGAGCUUGUUCCGCUCAGGCUCCCUUUCUGAGACUACUGUGUGCAACAUGUGCCUGCCCCCUGAUCAGAAACUCCAGUGCAACUAUACAGACCUUUCCACAGGUGAGCCCUGGUACUGCUACAAGCCCAAGGUGCUCAGCUGUGACACCAGGAUCAACCACGCCACAGGAGGCUAUGUGAAAAAUCUCCUCACCAGCAAAGAGGCACCACUCUUCCAGAGUGAUGUAAAUAUAAAAGUUCACAUACACGCUUCAGGACCCGACAGAAUCAAUGUGCUGCCCCCCAGGAAAGAUAGAGCAGAGGUAGAAAGCAGUGUAAAACCAGAAGCUAUUCAGCACGCACCUUCUGGAUAUUACUACAAGGACUCAUGGAGGUCAUUAAAUGGUGUUACAAUGCGCCAGUUCAAUGAAUCAUCUGCCAUCACUCAGUGUUUGAAGGAUAAGGUGAUCUACAUGUAUGGAGACUCCACUGUCAGGCAGUGGUUUGAGCACCUGCUUGCUUUUGUACCAGAAUUGAAGCAGUUCAACCUGCACAGUCCUAAAAAGAUUGGACCUUUCAUGGCGGUGGACAGCACCCAUAAUAUUCUCUUGAAGUACCGCUGCCAUGGCCCACCCAUCCGCUUCUCUGCUGUCAUUGCCAAUGAGUUUCGUUACAUUUCAAAUGAGCUGGACGGCCUCUCUGGGGGUCCCAACACUGUUGCUGUCCUCAGCAUUUGGGCCCAUUUCAGCACUUAUCCUGUGGAGGUGUACAUACGGAGGCUCCGUCACAUUAGGCGGGCAGUGUUGCGACUCCUGGACCGAGCGCCAGGGACAAUCAUUGUGAUUCGCUCAGCCAACCUCAGAGCCCUGGACCCAGAGGUGAGCCUUUAUGACAGCGACUGGUACUCACUGCAGCUCGAUGAGGUGCUCAGAGCCAUGUUCAAGGGGCUGAAUGUUCUGCUGGUGGACGCCUGGCAAAUGACUUUGGCACACCACUCUCCUCAUGAUCUCCAUCCACCUCCAGCCAUCAUCAAGAACAUGAUAGACAUGCUUCUGUCUCAUGUUUGCCAAAAGAGCCACCAGUAGAAGAACAGUGAAGAUUUGAUUUUUAAGUUGAGAUGUUUGUGUUCUUUCAUUUGUAAUUUUAUUAGAUGGCACUCAGCUUGUGGUGCUCACACCCACUUGAAAAAAAAAGAAUUCAACAGCAAUGUCAAAGUCAAUAUUUAGUGAUCAUGAUCAAGAUAUUCCAAUUCAGGAGGACAGACAAUGCUCCACAUAUAACUGCUGUAUUUUUUUUUUUUUUUAUGUUGAGAAAGCCGUGCUGCCGGCUUAUCCAUUCACACAGGUAUGGUUUGCCUCUAUUGCGUCUCUGAUACUACCUCUGUAGGUGCAUCAGAGCCGCAGUGAAAUUUCACCCCUCAUGCACCUGAAACUUUGACACAGUGGAGGAUAAGGAGAAUCGGUGCAUGAUUCUCACACUCAAAGGGCAGUUUGAAAGGGACUGCCAGUACUUGCUAUUGUCACAUGUGUGCUUUAACAUCUGUAAUAAGGAGUAUGGCUGUAUUUGAAAGCCAUUGUCAUUUGCAUAUAUAAAUGGAGGUUUGAGAUAAAGAGGCGAUAUCUAUUUAAUAUUUGUAUCAUUAAAUGGGGCAGUGCUACUUAUCAGGAGUUAAUCUGGAUAAUCAGCUGGUGAUGCCUCAUUUUUCACGUCUUCAGUGUGGUUCAAUAAAUGAAAAAACUAUGGCAGCAUCAAGAGUCACUGAUCAGCCCUGUGUGGUGUGUUAAAACUGAUUUAAUCUUUUCUGUAUUUAACAGGUAGAAUUCUUGGUAAGAUUUAACUUGUCAACUGUAACAUGAAAUACAAAGAAAACCUAAGAGAAAGAGGCAAAUUCAUCCCUAGGUGUUUUGGCAAAAAUAUAUAUUAAAAAAACACCACUCAUUUGUCAUUCAGUGGCAUGCAUCCUGUUUGUCUCGCCUCCCUUCUGCAGGCUAAUGUUUAAGAGACAUUUGCAGACAGGCUGAAAUAUGAUCAACAAUAAUGCAAUAUUCUAAGCACUGUAACAACUCUCAGACUGGACUGAACUGCAUAAGCUCAAAGACACUAGUUGAUAAUAAAUGCAAUCAAUGCAUCCUUAUUUCCAAUCUUAAAUAUAAACUUAAUAUUCUUAAGGAUUUUAGUGUUAUCAAGGUGGUGGGUAAAUAUGGGAAGUUAUUGUGGUGCUUUGUAGUCGAGCAAAGGAAAAGAAAAAUGAAAGUAGAAAAUCACUACACGACAGCUUUACACAUCCAUCAAGUUCAAGGACCCCCAGAAUACUGGGUGAGUGUUGGUGUUGUUUACUCCACUUACAAACAAGCUUUGGCCCACUGGUAGGAGAAGUUUUUCAUGCCAGAAGAGGGAGAUCUAGUGGGGAACACCGCCAGGGAGCUCCACUAUAAAAGGAACGUGAAAUAACAAUGUUUUUUCUCAGGAGUCAGACUGGACUAAAUCGAAUAAGCUCACACUAGAUAAACACAGUAAAAAUAAACAUACAGUAUCUUCGUUUAUCAAGGUGAUGGGUAGAUGUCAAUCAUUAUAUUUCGUUUAGGUUUGAACAAAUGAAAAGACAAAUAAAGGGAUGAAAUAAUGAGUAAGUCUGAAGGAUGACAACGUUACCAACACCGAUCAAAGCCAUAUCACAGGAGCUGCUGCUCAGACUCAGUGGCUGUGCUUCUCAAUCUCAUGUCAUGUCUGAUGUGAUGGUAUAAUGUAACUUAGUCUGUGUCAUAUUAAAAUAUUUUGUUUCAACAAACAUAACAUUUAUUCAGCACUUUGGCUGACACAGUGCCAGCCCUGAGUAAUUUGGUGCCCUAAGCAAGAUCUUAGCCGACACCCCCUUCGCAGUCAAUUUCACAAUCAAUUUUCAUACACUCACACAGAAACUGCAUGUGUGUAUUCAAUAUUUUAUUCCUUUUAAGUAAAAAAUAUCACACCAAAUAAAAGCUGAAGAAACAAACAAGUGAUAAAAAUACAAUAUAAAUAAGGCCUUCAGCAAGUAGCUUGCAUUUUUUCCAGUCCUUUAGUCCUUCCUUCUUAAGUCUGUCUCUUUUGAAGAAAACAUUUAGCAGCAGAAGCAGUGCAAGCUCUCAUUUCUGUUUGAGUACAUUAGCCAGCUUCUUUUAUUCUUCUCAUCAUUGACUAGGACUCUGUUACAAAACUCGUGUUGACACUCUCCCAUCUUUUUUUAUUUGAAAUGGUCCUUGGUGAACUAACUCUCAUCUCACUUUGUCAGUUAGAAGAGAUGUCCAGUCGGCAGAUUCUGUUGGUGCAGCCUUUAGUCCUGAUGCUGUGUCACUCUGCUGUGCUGAGGUAGAGGGACAGGAGCACCUGAUGCUGUGUCACUGGGCUGGUGCUGAAAUAUUUCAAAAGUGCAUCUGAAGAGAGAAGAGAAGUCUAUGUGACCACUGCAAGUUACAUUUUAAUAAAAAACAGAUGCUGGAUAUGAAGAUAUAUAUAUAUAUAUAUACUAAUAAUGAAAAUGUUAUUCAUUCAACUUUGUCAUUGCAAUGCAGUUCAGUCUAACCAGAGUGCAAGUUCAGUGUGUGCGUGCGUGCGUGCGUGCGUGCGUGUGUGUGUAUUUCAUGUCGCAAUCUCUUGGUGAAUUGAAUUCAUAAGAUUGGAUAAGAUAAGAUAAAUUGAGAUAGUCCUUUAUUUGACCCACAAUGGAGAAAUUUAAAGUGUUGCAGCAGCAUACAGCAGUGUAGGAAUAUAGAACCUAAGUGCAAAAUGUAGAAUUAAGUAUAUCAAAAUAUUUAAAUAUAGAAAUAUCAUCAAAUCAAAUCAUGAUGUAUAUUAUUAUUAGUUGUCGUCAUAUUUGUAUUAAUUGCAUUUUAAUUUUUGCGAGGCUAGUAUUUACAUUAAUUUCAUUGUGUAAUUUACCAUUAAGACCAAAACAAAUCUUAAUAAUCUGCUUGUGUGAUGGAUUUCUUGUCAUGACAAGGUCAGCGCUGCAGUUUGUUACUAAGGGUGACACAGAGCCAGCUCCCAGCACGUCACCAGGUCCAUCAAGCACCAUGUUCAUGUCAACAGGUGCAAAUGCAGCAGCAGCCAGCAUAUCACCAGGCCCAUCAAGCAACAUCUCUUCAGCUACAGAUGCUACCAUCACUACUCUAAGUGCAUCCUUUGCACAUUUGCAGAGAAUGCAUCCCUUUGCGCAAAAUGGGGCCCCCCACAGAUCGUGGGGCCCUAUGCACAGCGGGUGUUCUGUGUGUAGGGAGGGGUGGCACUGCACCUGUAAAAUAACACCUGAACACACCUAAUGUUAACUUUCCAAAUGUCCCUGAUGAAUUUUAGGUGGAGUAACAUUAACAUCGACUCAACUUUUUAUUGAUUAUUAUACAACAAGUAGUUCCGACCAAGCAAUCUGAUUUGUCAACAAGAAAUUUGGAACGUGCUCAAAUCAGCAUGACAGCAUGCCUGACUCAUUACUCAAAAUAUCACUCUGCCAAUUCUGUGGCAACAUUGUACCCAUCUCCAUGGCAACAUUGUAACUGUCAGAGCUGGAGUAGGAAACGGUGGAAAAUGGGCCACAGUUACGGCUCGUGAAAAACUUUAUAUUUUGAUUGUAAAACGCAUGAAAAUAUAAAUGAAUGGUCUGAAUUUCUUUUCUUCUCUGCUGCGGAUCGAACGGUUCAUAGGCCUCUACGUCGUCCAUUAAGUCCUGAUUAUGGACACCGAGAUCGGGCAUUAUCCCUUACAAAUACGUCACUGAUGCUUGUUGGUCACACAUAGUCAAAGUGGAUGGACAGUGUUUCCCAGAUGUCACACUUGUGGUGUGAAGCCGACCACAUUGUCAUCUCUAUGUUGUUGCUGCUCUUUACAUUCACUCUGACGCAAAUUCAAAGAUGCACUAUGUGUUUAUGUAUAUGCGUAUACAUUGCCUACAUAUUGAGUUUUUUCUGUGUUUUCUGCAGCAAGAAGGAGUUUAGGAACUAUCAUUUGGUUUUACAACCCUGUAUUUUGAGUAAUAAAACACUGUACUUUGUA